AAAAAUUGACACUCUUGUCUUAACACUCCAGAGAAUAACACAGUACAUUGAUAUCAUUAAAUAGUUUAUCCGACAUCAUUGCUUCACAUAAUUCAUUCUUGUUUUAGGAAAAGAUAAACCUGCUUUGUAUAGUUAUGGGAAGAAGUUGCAAUAUUCUCUUUGCUCUUUCAGUUUUCAUUCUGCAUCAUGACCAUACUUCACUAGCUAUUGUUCCCAAUAUUAGCACCGAUAAAGCUGCUCUACUUGCCUUGAAAUCUCACAUUUCUUUUGGUCCCAACAACAUCUUAGCAGCCAAUUGGUCUUCUUCCAGCCCAGUUUGCAGCUGGGUUGGAAUCACUUGCAGCUCCCGCCACAAACGAGUGACUGCUUUUAAUAUUUCUAGCAUGCAACUUCAUGGUACCAUUCCUCCAAACCUCGGAAACCUCUCAUUUCUUGUUUCCCUUGACAUUAGUUACAACACUUUCCAUGGGGAUUUGCCAGAAGAGUUGGUUCAUUUGCAGAGGUUGAAACUGAUUGAUGUCACAAGCAAUAACUUAACUGGUGGCAUUCCAUCAUUUUUAAGUUUAUUGCCAAACCUUCGCAUUUUGCGGCUUUCAAGCAACCAAUUUUCAGGGAAAGUACCAUCUUCACUUUCCAAUCUAACAAAUCUCGAAGUAUUGAGAAUAAAGCAAAAUUUUCUCGUAGGAGAGAUCCCUCGAGAGCUCGGUGAUCUUCGUUACAUGACUGCUUUAAAUCUGGAAUCUAACCACCUUACUGGCUCUAUACCACCAUCAAUAUUUAACAUUACAACAAUGCGAACCAUUUCUCUUUCCGGAAACAAUCUUACUGGUAAGCUUCCAACAACUAUAUGUGACCAUCUUCCAAAUUUGAAAGGGCUUUACCUCUCAAGCAACUCCCUAGAUGGCGUUAUUCCACCAAACAUACAAAAAUGCAGAAAGCUGCAAAUCUUGUCGUUGUCUGUCAAUCAGUUCACUGGAACUAUACCAAGAGAACUAGCGAACUUAACAGCACUUAUAGAAUUAUUUCUUGGGGUACAACACUUGGAAGGAGAGAUACCAGUGGAGCUAGGUAAUCUUCAGAAGCUACAGCUGUUGAGUUUACCCGGAUGUAAUCUUAUUGGUUCCAUCCCCACGAGCAUUUUCAACAUGUCAGCACUGCAGAUAGUAGAACUUGACGAAAACAUGCUUUCAGGUCGUCUACCAUCAGACUUAGGCAGUGGAAUGCCCAGCCUAGAAGGAAUAUUAUGUGCAAACAAUAUUCUGAGUGGGUAUAUCUCUGCUACUAUCUCAAAUUCUUCAAGACUCCGAAUGGUCGAUCUUUCAAUCAACAGUUUGACAGGUCCAAUUCCUCAAUCACUUGGUAACUUAAACCUUGAGCUUUUGGACCUGCGAGCGAACAAUUUUAUUGGUGAUUCAGCAUUAAGCUUCCUGACAUCUUUGACAAACUGUAGGAAACUAAAAGAACUCCGUUUUUCAUAUAACCCGUUGGAUGGUGUUCUUCCUGCAUCAGUUGGGAAUUUCUCUGACUCUCUGCAAAUUUUUGAAGGACAGAAUUGUAAACUGAAGGGCAUCAUUCCUGAAGAAAUUGGUAAUCUUACUGGAGCAACAAUAUUAUCUCUUUUUAACAAUGAAUUGACUGGAUAUAUCCCAAAAACUAUUCAAGGUAUGUUGAACCUUCAAGAACUUUACCUAGAUAGCAACAAGAUAGAAGGAAUCAUACCAGACGUUAUCUGCAAUUUAAAGAAUCUUGGAGCAUUAUCCUUGACAGAAAAUCAGUUUUCUGGCUUGGUGCCACCAUGCUUAGGAAAUGUUACCAGUUUGAGGAAACUUAAUCUAGCUUACAACAGACUGAAUGGGAGCUUAUCUGCAAGCUUGGGGAGCCUUCAAGAUCUCAUAGAAUUCAAUGUUUCGUCCAAUUUAUUAACUGGACAAAUUCCUCAGGAGAUCGGAAAUUUAAAGGUUGCAACACUCAUCGAUCUAUCAAAAAAUAAUUUUCUUGGUAAGAUCCCUAGCACCUUAGGGGGUCUAGAUAGAUUGAUAAAACUUUCUUUUGCGCAUAAUAGAUUAGAUGGGCCUGUUCCUGAUUCAUUUGGCAAAAUGCUGGCUUUGGAAUUCUUGGAUUUGUGCUAUAACAAUCUUAUUGGUGAAAUUCCUAAGUCAUUAGAAGCUCUUGUGUAUCUCAAAUACUUGAACUUCUCAUUUAAUGAAUUCAGUGGAGAGAUUCCCACUGGUGGUCCUUUUGCAAAUGCUACAGGCCAAUCUUUCUUGUCAAAUGAUGCGCUUUGUGGUGAUUCUAAGUUUCAUGUGUCACCAUGUGACAUUAGAUCUCCCAAGAAGAAAAAGGCAAUGCUAGUUUUAUACGUCCUUUCUGGUGCGGGCAUGCUAAUUCUUGCAUUAGCCGUCGCAUAUGUAUUUUUGAGAUUGCGAAAAACAAAAAAGAAUGCAGGUGUAGCAGAUGUACCUUUGGUGAAAGGGCAUGAAAGAAUUUCUUAUUAUGAACUAGAACAAGCAACUGAAGGAUUCAAUGAGAGCAACUUGCUUGGUAAUGGGAGUUUCAGCAUGGUCUACAAAGGGAUACUUAAGGAUGGUACUCUUUUUGCACUAAAGGUAUUCAAUGUGCAAUUGGAGGGUGCAUUCAAAAGUUUUGAUACCGAAUGUGAGAUGUUGCGCAACCUCCGCCAUCGAAAUCUUACUAAAGUGAUCACUAGUUGCUCCAACCCUGAUUUCAAAGCCUUAGUAUUGGAGUACAUGCCGAAUGGGACACUUGAAAGAUGGCUAUACAGUCAUAAUUGUUUCCUAGACAUGUUAAAGAGAUUAGAUAUAAUAAUAGAUGUUGCAUCUGCAAUGGACUAUCUCCACAAUGGCUAUUCAACACCAGUGGUGCAUUGUGACCUGAAGCCAAGCAAUGUCUUGGUAGAUCAAGAAAUGGUUGGCCAUGUCAGUGAUUUUGGCAUUGCAAAAUUGUUAGGAGCAGGGGAGGCUUUUGUACAAACAGGGACGAUUGCAACCCUUGGAUAUAUAGCUCCAGAGUAUGGCCAAGAUGGAAUAGUAUCCACGAGCUCCGAUGUUUAUAGUUUUGGCAUCCUGAUGAUGGAGACGUUUACAAGAAUGCGACCAAGUGAUGAAAGAUUUACUGGAGACUUGAGCAUACGACGUUGGGUUAGUGAUUCUUUUCCAAAUGGGAUCCAUAAUGUGGUGGAUGCUAAUUUGGUACAGCGAGGGGAUGAACAAACCGACACAAAGAUGCAGUGUAUGUUAUCUAUCAUGGAAUUAGCUUUGAGUUGCACUUUAGUGACACCUGAUGCAAGAAUUAGUAUGGGAAAUGCUCUUUCAACACUUAAAAAGAUUAGACUCCAGUUUGUCCAUAGUCGCCAUUAGGUGGAGUUAGACCAUCCGCUCAUGAUUGAUGCUUGAUUAUUUAUGUCCGUUGUGUUAUAUUUAAGAUGAAUACAGUAUUGUACUUUAGCUUGUGUAUGCUCUCUUUUGCUUUCAAAACAUCUCAGAUUUCUUUCUA